CCUCCAAUUCCCACGCUCCCCUUUCUCUCUCCCUCUCUGCCACUUCAUCUCCUUUCCGAUUCCGUUCACUUUCGUAUCCGAAUCGUUCCUUCCUCAAUCUCCAGCUUCCAAAUCCAUCAACAAUUUGAUGCUAUGAAGGAACUUACCGGAUCGUCUAUUUCGGCAUUGGAAGAUUUUCACUGAGUCUUUCUUUUUUGUUUGUAUAAGCUAUGGGAAUAUCUUCCGAUAACGUCCAUGGCUUCAUUCUCGCCGUCUCUUCGAGUAUCUUCAUCGGUAGUAGCUUCAUUAUCAAGAAGAAAGGUCUUAUGAAAGCCGGUGCAGUUGGAAACAGAGCAGGUUCAGGAGGAUAUUCGUACUUGUAUGAACCUAUGUGGUGGGCUGGAAUGAUCAGUAUGAUUGUUGGAGAGAUUGCUAAUUUCGCUGCUUAUGCAUAUGCUCCUGCAAUUCUCGUAACUCCUUUGGGAGCUUUGAGUAUAAUUUUCAGUGCAGUACUCGCUCAUUUCAUUUUGGAGGAAAAGCUACACAUCUUCGGAAUGCUAGGGUGUGUUCUUUGUGUGGUGGGAUCUACAACUAUUGUUUUGCAUGCUCCACAGGAGAGAAAUAUUGAAUCUGUCAAGGAAGUUUGGAUGCUUGCUACAGAGCCAGGUUUUUUAGUAUACUCCAUCAUAGUUUUGGUUCUAAUUGUGGUUCUUGUUCGAUACGUACCAAAAUAUGGACAAACGCACAUGGUUGUUUACGUUGGAAUUUGUUCUCUCAUGGGUUCUCUUACGGUUAUGAGCGUCAAAGCAGUUGGAAUUGCACUCAAGCUGACAUUUUCAGGAAUGAAUCAGUUUAAGUACUUUGAGACGUGGUUUUUUACGGCCAUCGUGCUAGGAGGUAGCAUUUUGCAGGUGAACUACUUAAACAAGGCGCUGGAUACCUUUAACACUGCUGUAGUAUCUCCUGUUUACUAUGUGAUGUUCACAUCACUCACCAUUCUUGCCAGUAUGAUCAUNUUUUAGGAAUGGGAUUCACAAAAUGCAUCACAAAUCGCAACCGAAUUAUGCGGUUUUGUUACCAUUCUUUCUGGAACUUUUCUCCUACAUAAAACCAGGGACAUGGGGAGUUCUCCCUCCUCCUCCUCCUCCUCCACCUCCUCCUCCGAGGUCCCCAUUGUCUCUAGGUCCCCCAAAUGACUUAUUAUUAGUACAACCACAAAUUCUAACUACCUAGCACCAGAAUAAACAAAACAAAACUUAAAAGCAGAUGAUCACAGGCCACUCCAGUCCAGGAACCAUGGCGAGGGUACAAUUUAUUGGAAGAAGCAAACAAGAUGGGCCCAUUUGCAAAAAGGCAAAAUGAAGUUCAAGGGAGACUGGCUUUGGCUUUGGCUUUGGCUUUUUCAUCAUCUAUAUGAGGUACAAAAUUCAAAUUUCAUAGUUUUUUUUCAUCGAUAGAAGGAAGGAACUUACGAGAGCUAACAUUUGAGGAUACAAUUCAAAUUUCUACACAAACUGGCUUACACCUAGGUUUGAGGUUUUCUAGAUUUCUCUCUCUCUCUCUCUCCAACAUUUAGUUUUGGUUUUGCUGAUUCAUUAAUUGUAAUUGUUUUGACAGAUUUUUUUUUUUAAUUGCGAGUAAUUUGAUUAUUGUUGAUACGGACAAUGAUACAAAUGAGAUGUCCCUCAAGUUCCUAGAUUUUCCCAUUUAUUGGUAUCAACUUGAAUUGUUUGGAUACUAUCUAUCUUCCAAGCUCCUAGGCCAGGCUAGAAUAAAUGUAUAAUAUCUCAAUCGGUUGAAUUUUUGUUCGGUUGGUUUUCUAAGAUCCCAAAUUCAAAGCCUUAGAUUCAAAACUUAAUAAAAUUGGUAAAUUAUAAUGAUCUCGUGAUUUCUAACAUUUAAAAGGAAUAUAUAUGAUACCAUUGUGGACAAUAUCAUACUGUUGUGGAGGU